AUGUCGAAGGUCGUUCGCAGUGUCAAGAACGUUACAAAGGGAUACUCCUCGGUGCAGGUGAAGGUCCGAAAUGCUACAAGCAAUGAUCCAUGGGGCCCGACGGGCACUGAUAUGUCCGAGAUUGCGGCCAUGACAUUCGGAAGCCCGAACGAGUUCUACGAAAUCAUGGACAUGCUCGACAAGCGUCUCAAUGACAAAGGAAAGAAUUGGCGCCAUGUGCUCAAGUCGUUGAAGGUGCUGGACUACUGCCUGCACGAGGGAUCCGAGCUAGUGGUGACGUGGGCCCGGAAGAACGUGUAUAUCAUCAAGACUCUGCGCGAAUUCCAAUACGUUGACGAGGAGAGCAGAGACGUGGGCCAGAAUGUACGUGUGGCCGCAAAGGAACUUACUGCAUUGGUGUUGGACGAGGAUCGCCUGCGCAGCGAACGAUCAGAUCGCAAGCUUUGGAAGACUCGUGUGAGCGGACUCGACGAUGGAUAUGGUGGAGGCAGCAGCGAGCCUCCUAAAAAUCGGGACCGCCGGCGACCCCGCCGUGACGACGAGGAUGAUACCGAAUACCGAUUGGCGAUUGAGGCCAGCAAAGCUGAAGCCGAGGAGGAGCGCAAGCGACGGGCGAGGGAAGCCAACACUGAGGAUGACGAGGAUCUGGCAAAGGCGAUCAAGCUCAGUCGGGAAGAAGAGGAUCUGCGGAAGCGCGAACUGGAGCAAAGCAACGCACACUCGCUCUUUGAUGAGACCCCGGCCCAGGUCCAGCCCACUGGUUUCAAUCAGGGCUACCAGCAACAGGGUGCAGUCGACUGGUUCGGCAACCCCAUUAACGUACAGCAACCCAUGACGACUGGCUUCUUGAACAACCAAUACGCACAGCCUACUGGAUUCCAAGGCCAGCCGACGGGCAUGGCCAACCCAUACGCAAAUGGAUAUCAGCAGCAGCAGCCUUCUGCUUUUGAGCAGAACCCCUACGGGCAAGCUCAGAACAACUUCUUGCAGCCACAAGCUACCCUCCAACCCCAGCAGACGGCUUUCAACACCAACAAUCCCUAUGGUCCCACCGACGUUUUUGGUCAGCAGCAGCAGCAACAGCCCCAGGAGAACUACCUGUCUGCUGGAACCAACAAUCCUUGGGCUGCAACCCAGCCUGGCGAUGCAUUGAAGCCUAUGCCAACUGGAUCCAACAACCCCUUUGCCCAACGCACCCAGUCCCAAUUGACCAGUCAACCAUCAAAGCCGGGUCCUCCCUCGCUCAACACAUUGGCCGAAGACCGUGCCACCUCCCAAUUCAACAACAACCAGUAUAACGCUAGCCAGUUCACCCAACAACCCAGCCAGCCGAAUCCCAUUGCCAACUUCCAAGCCCCUCAGCCCCCAAAGAGCACUCCACCUCAGUCUGCCGACCCUCACCACGCCCGUCUCAAUGCCCUUCUUGCAUCGGGCGAGGGUCAGGACACGUUCGGUAACGUUGGUGACUUGCGUAUACCUGCGCAGCACACCGCGCCGGGCACAUUCGUCAACUCCGCAGGUCAGGGUUUGGAUCGCUUGCAUGCCAGCCAGACAGGACACAACCCCUUCUUCGGCCAGCAAUACACCGGUAUGCCCCAGCAGACCGGUUUCAUGCAGCAGCAACCUACCAACAAUCCUUGGGGCGCUCAGCAACGACCGCAGCAACAUGGUGGUAGUCUGAUCGACCUCUAG